AUGUCCAAGGCUACGGGGGGCGCGGCGGCGGCAGCAGCAGCAGCAGGGGCUGAAAGUUCCUCCAGUCCGGCUGCCUCUGCCGGGGUCGAGGACCUGUCCAAAGUGUCAGACGAGGAGCUGCUCCAGUGGAGCAAGGAAGAGCUGAUUCGCAGCCUCCGCCGCGCCGAGGCGGAGAAGGUGAGCGCGAUGCUGGACCACAGCAAUCUCAUCCGAGAGGUGAACCGUCGCCUUCAGCUGCACCUCGGCGAGAUUCGCGGCCUCAAGGACAUUAACCAGAAGCUUCAAGAAGACAACCAAGAGCUGAGAGAUCUUUGUUGUUUCCUGGAUGACGAUAGGCAGAAGGGGAAAAAGGUGUCACGCGAGUGGCAGAGACUGGGCAGAUAUACGGCGGGGGUGAUGCACAAGGAAGUGGCCUUAUAUCUGCAGAAACUGAAGGAACUAGAAGUGAAGCAGGAGGAGGUUGUCAAGGAGAACAUGGAGCUCAAAGAGCUCUGCGUGAUGCUGGAUGAAGAGAAAGGUGGCUGUGCUGGCAGCCGGAGCUCCAUUGACAGCCAGAUCAGCCUGUGCCAGCUCACAGCCUCCACGGCCCCCUACGUGCGGGACGUCGGGGAUGGCAGCAGCACCUCCAGCACAGGGAGCACCGACAGCCCUGACCACCACAAACAUCACGCGGGCAGCAGCCCCGAACAUCUCCAGAAACCGAGAGCGGAGGGCAGUCCGGAACACUCAAAGCACAGGAGUGGGAGCCCAGAACACCUGGCCAAACCGAGGGUUUCUGGGAGCCCCGAUCACCAGAAACAGCUCAAAGGACCCAGUCCAGAGCAUCACAAAAGCAUAGUCAAGGGCAGCCCCGAGCAGCAGAAGCACGCAGGGGGUAGCCCGGAGACCCUGCCCAAGCAUGUGAUAAGCAGCAGCCCCGAACAUUUUCAGAAGCACAGGCCUGGCGGGAGCCCGGAACACCCAAAGCACGGCAGCGGCAGCCCUGAGCACCUUCAGAAGCACAUCCUGAGUGGCAGCAUGGAGCACCUCCCGAGGGCGAGGGGGACCAGCCCGGAGCAUCUCAAACAGCAUUACGGGGGAAGCCCAGAUCAUCACAAGCACAUGGGCGGAGGAGGCAGCAGGGAAGGCACCCUCCGGAGGCAGACCCCUGACGACUUGUCGCCUCAUCACAGGAGUGUAUACAGUGGAAUGAAUGAAUCAACCUUGUCCUAUGUUAGGCAGCUGGAGGCAAGAGUAAGACAGCUGGAGGAGGAGAAUCGCAUGCUGCCCCAGGAAACCCAGAAUAGAAGGCAACCUCCAACUAGAAACAGCUCAAAUAUGGAAAAAGGCUGGGGGUCCAGAGCCCGGCGGGUCUGGCUGUGGUGGCAGGGGUGCCGAGGAAUAGGAAGAUGCCUGCCCACUUUCCCGGGUCCUUUUAGGUUGCCAUCAGGGGCUGAUGGGAAUAACAGUUCACCCACCUCUCCAGCUAGCUUCAGCGGACAUACCACACCUUCUCAGCAACCCGAACCAGUGGUACAUACUCUUAAGGUCUUGGAUGUUCAGGAAAAUAUAGAUCGUCAACAGGGUAAAGAGUAUGACCAAGACCUUAGUGAGACAGAAAAAGCUAUAGUCAGAGAAAUGUGCAAUGUUGUGUGGCGGAAACUUGGAGAUGCUGCAGGUUCCUGUCCUGGAAUUAGGCAACAUCUGUCUGGGAACCAGUACAAAGGACCAAUGUGAGAGGACUCCUGAAUACAAAGAGAUUAGCACUGGUGGUGGGAGAAAAAAGAAGACAUAAUUUCCACACACCUGGACUCAGAGGGGUUAUGAUAGGGUGGCUGUAUACCACAUCCAUGUCUUCUUCGGAAACUUCAGAACAGGUCCCCCAUCCUACUGGCAUUUUGUGUUUCUUGCUUCUCUAUAGUCAAGUGCAGUCUCUGAAUCAUGAUGUCACUAAUUUGUUAUCUUACAUAUUUGAUAACUAAAAUGUGUUUGUUCUUCAAAAUCUUAUGAUAAUAGGAUUUUUUCAUGAAUUAAGGAUGUUCUGGUAGAGCUCUAGUAAUUUUAACUGAUGUAACCCAAUGGGAACUUCCUACCAUGUUAUGUAGAAGCUAAGAAAUGGUGCCUUCCAGCUUCCAAAGGCCCCUUGUCACUUGUAUUUGAGUGUAUAAAAUUCUAGUUGCUGUUGCUUAAUUUGAAAGAAAUAGCUGAGUUUUCUCCCCCUGAAACAUUCAAUAUUUGUAUAGAGGUGCUAAAAUUAUUCUAUGAAUUCACUUUUCCAAACAGUAGUAUAGAAAAUCCCUGAUAGAACUUGUCUCAAAACACAGUUUCUGGCCAACUGGACAAGUAAGCACUUUUGACCCCUAAUUUUUAGGACACAGCCUGGAGGAGACCAGUCUGUUGGCCCACUCUCCCAUCAGCAUUAAUACUGACAAUUUGCAACAUCAACAAUCAUGAGCUUACUUUAAGGGUUUCAAGCUGUGAGAAGAUGUUAAUUUUGACAAUAUUGUUUCCAGACAAGCUGUUAUAUUUAACAAACUCUAAGUAGACUUUAAAAGAUUGCACUGCAUUUUUGAAAAAAAAAUUAAAAAAAAAAAGCUUUCCUUGCCUACUGCAGCUUUCUUUAAAAGAAUUGUUUGGUGAUACUCAACGCAUGUCUUUGAUUAUUUUAAAACUAAAAACUCUUGUUCAGAUUGCUUGAAGUUUGACCAAGAGACAUGCUAACUAUGCUUAGUUUAUUUCAUUUAUUAUUUGGGGGGAGGGGGAAAUGUGUAUAACAUUAGACUGUGUGUAAUGGAAAUGCUAUGAUAGAUAUUUUGUGUUUAUCCAAAUAAAUGCAAUGAGUUUCUUGUAUGAAUAUGCAAGAAGCCUGUGACAGAAUGCUAUUGCUUAAGUUUUUACUGUAGCUUAGGAUAAAAGAGAUAGGAAUGCAACAAUUGCCAGUUUUAAGGUUUAUUCUGAAAUACUAAGGGUUUAACUUCAUAGCAAAAAUUUUCUCUUUUUUGUGAGUUUGUUACAUGUUGUAUUAAUUGACCAUUUGCUAGUAGAAUGUAAGAAAUUGUUGUAUACUUUAAAAAAAUUAUGAUACUAUAACGUAGGACCAGCCUACUGUUGUCUGAAAAUCCUUGUGAUUUAAUUUUCAUUGGAAUUUUCUCUCUAAUUACCUUUAUUUGGUUAGAUUUUAAACCAAUCUUCCAUUUAAGAUGUUAUAUUUUAAAAUCAUUACUCUCCAUUAAAAAAUCUGCUUGCUAUCUUUACAUUUUCACAGUUUUCAUCUAUAAACUUAGAUUGUUGUAUUCCUAUAUAAUUAAAAACAUUUUAAACAAGUUUUUGUGCCUGCAGUAGACCCUGCAGUAGCUCUUCAAGGGACAUUAGUCUUUUGACAAAACUCGUGUAAAUUUUAUACUGUAUUAAAACUAUUUUUUUAAAGUUCUGCAUAAAAUUGAGUAUCAAGUAUAUGUGUUCAUCUUAGAAAUGGUAAUAAAUUAUUUAAUCUCA